AUGUACCGGCAGGUAAACGUCCACGAGGAAGACUCGUGGUUGCAAUGCAUUCUGUGGAGGAACCACCCCUCCGAAGAAAUUCAAACCUACAGAUUGAAAACGGUGACGUACGGCGAAGCAGCAUGGUCUUUCCUAGCAUGCCGAGCGCUUCACGAAGUCGGGGAAGAACUAUGUCCCGAGCAGCCGGAGAUUGCUGAUGCCAUUCAGCAAUGUUUCUAUGUAGACAACCUAAUGAUGGGGGGAGAUUCAGUAGAUGAGCUACUACAUCGCCGCAAGGCUGUGGAAGCCGCAUUACUCAAAAAAGGAUUCCCCUUAAGGAAAUGGGCAUCUAAUGAUCCCACCGCCAUACGCGACGUGGCAACCGAAGACGUAGAACAGGUGAUUCACGUAGGAGAUCACGACGUCAUCAAGACAUUAGGAGUUGCAUGGUACCCGCAAACCGAUACAUUCCGAUUUCUGGUGGAUGACCAGGAUCCUCGUAAAACCACUAUGACCAAAAGGCAACUUGCCUCCGAGAUUUUGAGGCUGUACGACCCGCUGGGCAUUAUGCAGCCAAUAAUUAUUACAGCAAAGAUCCUGCUCCAAGGACUGUGGAAAAUCAAAUUAAAAUGGGAUGACCAAAUCCCUGCGCAAUCACAUCAUGAAUGGCAACAGCUGAAGAAUACAUUGCCGAAACUCGCAAGCUUGGCCAUACCGCGCCAAGCCAUUCCAAGUAACGCUGUACACCUGGAACUGCAUGGGUUCUCAGAUGCAUCCAUCCUCGUCUAUGGUUGCGCAAUUUACGCGUACUGCAUAGAUGACCAAAAUUGGAAAACAACUAUGCGCCAAGUCCCGCGUAGUACCAAUGGAAAAGGCCAAUCAGCUGGCCCUGACGCUACCUCGAAAGGAACUCUUAGUUACUUGCCGAAUCAAUGCAUAAGUGAGCUGGAGGCAGGAGAGCGGCUGAUCGUUAAGCACGAGGUUAAGCACCUCCAGCAAAUUCAUUAUCGUCAGGAGUUCGCUCAUCUAGAGGAAAAGGGAACUCCUAUCAAGCAAGGUCCUCUGCAGCAGUAG